CGGAGCGGGCUGUGCGGCGGCGGCGGGGCGGUUCUGCGGGUGGCCGUGGCAGCGCCGCCAUUGGGCUGCGGCCGGCGGGCGGGCUGUCAGUCGUGCCGCGGGGGUGGCCCCGCCAGCCGCUCGCCCAGCCCUCCGCCGGGAUGCUGCCUUUAGGGGGAUGCGGCGCUCUCCGCGUUUUGAUUAAAGCCCCUCGCCUCCCGUCGGUCUGAAGGCAGGGCUGUCGGGGAGGACGGGGCGGAGCGGAGCGGCCUGCGAGACAGAGAGAGAGGGGCAGAGACAGAGAGAAUCUCUGGUGGUGCGUCGCGCAUGGCUCUAUAGGAGACGUCCUCUCCGGGAAUACUGGGUAGCACGGAGCUGGUGUGAACCGAAGGCGCCCGGGUUUAACUCACGCUAGCGGGCGCCCAGCAUGGAGGUGCAGAGAUGGUCCACGCGAUGGAAAACGAAAAGAUGGCCCUGGGACUCGGCGGUGACCGUGCUCGUCGCCUUCGCUGCCCUCCUUGGGGCUGCAGAGGUCAGAGGAGCGGAACCAGUUGAUGUACUGAAAGCAUUAGAAUUUCACAAUAUGCCAGAAGGAGUAUCAAGAACAGCAGGAUUUUGCACAAACAGAAGGGAUUCAAAAGGAUCAGAUGUUGCCUACAGAGUUUCAAAAACUGCACAGCUCAGUGCCCCAACAAAGCAGCUGUACCCAGGUGGAGAUUUUCCAGAAGACUUUUCAGUAUUAAUGACAGUAAAACCUAAAAAGGGUAUCCAGUCCUUCCUUCUGUCUGUCUACAAUGAACAAGGAAUUCAGCAAGUAGGUGUUGAAGUUGGUAGAUCCCCUGUCUUCCUCUUCGAAGACCAAAAUGGAAAACCUGCCCCAGAAGACUAUCCUCUUUUCAGAACAGUCAACAUCGCAGAUGGCAAGUGGCAUCGAGUAGCCAUUAGCGUGGAGAAGAAAAGUGUUACAAUGAUCAUUGACUGUAACAAAAAAACUACAAAACCCCUGGAAAGAAGUGACAAAGCCAUUGUGGACACCAAUGGCAUCACUGUCUUUGGAACUAGGAUUCUGGACGAAGAAGUUUUUGAGGGUGAGAUCCAGCAGCUGUUGAUUAUAGCUGACCCUAGAGCUGCGUAUGACUAUUGUGAGCAUUAUAGCCCAGACUGUGAUUCCCCAGUGCCCAAUGCUGCUCAGGCUCAAGAUCCUCAAGUUGAUGAGUACACGCCAGAAGAUUUUAUCGAAUAUGACUAUGAGUAUGGGGAUGCAGAUUAUAAAGAAACUGACUCUGUAACAGAGGGACCCCCACUUUUUGAAGAGACAGUAGCACAAACAGAGGCAAACAUUGUUGAUGAAUUUCAAGAGUAUAGCAUAACCGAAAAUGACUACGGGUCUCAGACAGAAGCUCCCUCCAGAACUACUGAAGCAAAUGAGCAAAAUCCUGUUGAAGAAGUAUUUGCUGAAGAAUACAUAACUGGAGAGGAUUAUGAUAAAAAAGCUGAGGAAACUGAAUAUGGAAGCAGAGGAGUAGACCUCAGUGAAUCUGAUCUUCUGGUAGAUGGAGAUUUAGGCGAAUAUGAUUUUUAUGAAUAUAAAGAAUAUGAAGAGAAACCAACUGAUUCCACUAAUGAGGAGUUUGGUCCAGGUGUUCCUGCAGAGACUGAUAUCACAGAAACAAGUGUGACUGGACACGGGGCUUAUGGAGAAAAAGGCCAAAAGGGAGAACCAGCUGUGAUUGAACCUGGUAUGCUUAUUGAAGGACCACCAGGACCAAGAGGACCUGCUGGUCUUACAGGUCCCCCAGGUUUACAAGGCCCUGUUGGUCCUCCAGGUGACCCUGGUGAAAGGGGUCCACCUGGUCGCCCUGGUCUCCCUGGUGCUGAUGGUUUAGCAGGUCCCCCAGGUACCAUGUUGAUGCUGCCGUUUCGCUUUGGUGGAGAUGGUGAGAAGGGCCCAACAAUCUCAGCUCAGGAAGCUCAAGCACAAGCUAUUCUUCAGCAGGCUAGGAUUGCUAUGAGAGGUCCACCUGGUCCCAUGGGACUCACUGGAAGACCAGGUCCUGUGGGAGGACCUGGAGCAGCAGGUGCCAAGGGAGAAAGUGGUGAACCAGGUCCCCAGGGUCCUCGUGGUGUUCAAGGUGCCCCUGGUCCAAGUGGAAAAGCUGGCAAAAGGGGUCGUCCUGGAGCUGAUGGUGCCAGAGGAAUGCCAGGAGAGCCUGGUGCAAAGGGUGACAGAGGAUUUGAUGGUCUUCCUGGCCUCCCUGGUGACAAAGGUAACAGGGGAGACCGUGGCCCACAGGGACCUCCUGGCUUACCUGGUGAAGAUGGAUCAAGAGGAGAAGAUGGGGAAGUUGGACCAAGAGGUCUCCCAGGUGAAGCUGGUCCACGAGGAUUACUGGGCCCCAGAGGUACACCUGGCCCCCCUGGACAACCUGGCAUUGCGGGUGUUGAUGGACCUUCGGGCCCAAAAGGAAACAUGGGUCCUCAAGGGGAGCCAGGACCUCCUGGUCAGCAAGGAAUCCCUGGCCCACAAGGGCUUCCUGGUCCACAAGGUCCUAUUGGACCUCCUGGAGAAAAAGGACCUCAAGGCAAGCCUGGCCUGCCUGGCCUUCCUGGUUCCGAUGGGCCUCCUGGGCAUCCUGGCAAAGAGGGUCAGUCUGGAGAGAAAGGUGCAUUGGGGCCUCCAGGUCCUCAGGGUCCAAUUGGCUAUCCAGGUCCAAGGGGUGUAAAGGGAGCUGAUGGUGUCCGUGGACUCAAGGGAUCCAAAGGUGAAAAGGGUGAAGAUGGUUUCCCAGGAUUUAAAGGUGACAUGGGCCUUAAAGGUGAUCGGGGAGAAGUUGGUCAGCCUGGUCCACGAGGAGAAGAUGGUCCAGAAGGUCCAAAAGGUCGAGCAGGUCCAUCAGGGGACCCAGGUGCUGCUGGUCCUGCUGGGGAAAAGGGUAAGCUUGGUGUGCCCGGAUUGCCAGGAUAUCCAGGCAGACAAGGUCCAAAGGGCUCAACUGGUUUCCCAGGAUUUCCAGGUGCCAAUGGAGAGAAAGGUGCAAGGGGAUUACAUGGCAAACCAGGCCCAAGAGGACAACGAGGACCAACAGGUCCAAGGGGCUCAAGAGGUCCAAGAGGUCCAACUGGCAAACCAGGUCCAAAGGGUACUGCAGGCAAUGACGGUCCUCCUGGCCCACCAGGUGAAAGGGGACCACAAGGGCCUCAGGGACCUGUUGGAUUUCCUGGACCAAAAGGACCUCCAGGGCCACCUGGAAAAGAUGGCUUGCCUGGGCAUCCAGGACAGCGAGGUGAAACUGGUUUUCAAGGGAAAACUGGUCCUCCUGGUCCUGGUGGGGUUGUUGGCCCUCAGGGUCCUACUGGUGAGACUGGCCCUAUCGGUGAAAGAGGUCAUCCGGGUCCUCCUGGCCCACCAGGUGAACAAGGCCUCCCAGGUGCUGCAGGAAAAGAAGGUGCUAAGGGUGACCCAGGCCCUCAAGGUAUUCCUGGGAAAGAUGGACCAGCAGGUCUUCGUGGUUUCCCUGGAGAAAGAGGCCUUCCAGGAGCUCAGGGUCCAGCUGGUCUAAAAGGAGGGGAAGGUCCACAAGGCCCACCUGGCCCAGUUGGUUCACCAGGGGAACGUGGAGCAGCAGGCACUGCUGGUCCAAUUGGUCUACCAGGUCGUCCUGGACCUCAGGGUCCCCCAGGCCCUGCAGGAGAGAAGGGUGCUCCUGGUGAAAAAGGUCCUCAAGGUCCAGCUGGACGUGAUGGAAUACAAGGUCCUGUAGGACUUCCUGGUCCUGCUGGUCCAAGUGGUUCUCCCGGUGAAGAUGGUGAUAAGGGUGAAAUUGGUGAACCGGGUCAAAAAGGUAGUAAAGGUGACAAGGGAGAAAACGGUCCUCCAGGUCCGCCAGGACUUCAGGGUCCUGUUGGUGCUCCUGGUAUAGCUGGAGGUGAUGGGGAGCCUGGCCCAAGAGGUCAGCAAGGGAUGUUUGGGCAAAAAGGUGACGAAGGUCCUCGAGGCUUCCCUGGCCCCCCAGGCCCCAUUGGAUUGCAGGGUCUGCCUGGCCCACCAGGUGAAAAAGGUGAAAAUGGUGAUGUGGGCCCAAUGGGUCCACCUGGUCCUCCAGGUCCAAGAGGUCCCCAAGGUCCUAAUGGAGCUGAUGGUCCCCAAGGCCCACCAGGCUCAAUUGGCUCUGUUGGAGGUGUUGGUGAAAAGGGUGAACCUGGAGAAGCUGGUAACCCUGGACCUCCUGGAGAAUCUGGAACAUCUGGUCCAAAAGGUGAAAGGGGAGAAAAAGGUGAGGCUGGUCCACCCGGAGCAGCCGGACCACCAGGUGCUAAAGGACCCCCAGGUGAUGAUGGCCCUAAGGGUAACCCAGGUCCGGUUGGUUUUCCUGGAGAUCCUGGUCCCCCUGGGGAACCUGGUCCAGCUGGUCAAGAUGGUGUUGGUGGAGAGAAGGGUGAAGAUGGUGAUCCUGGUCAACCUGGUCCACCAGGCCCUUCAGGUGAAGCUGGCCCACCUGGUCCACCUGGAAAGAGGGGACCUCCUGGAGCAACUGGCGCUGAAGGCAGACAAGGUGAAAAAGGUGCAAAGGGUGAACCUGGUGCAGAAGGGGCUCCUGGAAAAACGGGUCCAGUUGGUCCUCAGGGACCUGCAGGAAAACCUGGCCCGGAAGGUCUCCGGGGUAUUCCUGGCCCUGUGGGAGAGCAAGGUCUACCUGGAGCACCAGGUCAGGAUGGCCCUCCUGGGCCUCUGGGUCCACCUGGCUUGCCUGGCCUGAAAGGAGAUCCAGGUUCCAAAGGAGAGAAGGGACAUCCUGGUUUGAUUGGCCUGAUUGGACCUCCAGGAGAGCAGGGUGAAAAGGGUGAUAGGGGUCUUCCUGGCCCACAGGGAUCUCCUGGAGCCAAGGGUGAUGCAGGAAUUUCUGGUCCUGCUGGUCCACUUGGACCCCCUGGUCCUCCUGGUUUACCUGGUCCCCAAGGUCCAAAAGGUUCCAAAGGAUCCAGUGGCCCUGCUGGCCAAAAGGGUGACAGUGGUUUACCUGGUCCACCUGGUCCUCCAGGUCCUCCAGGUGAGGUAAUCCAGCCGCUGCCAAUUCAGUCACCCAAAAAGACUAGAAGAUCUCCUGAUUAUAUGGUGUCUGAUGCUGGUGAUAAUAUUCUGGAUUAUUCCGACGGCAUGGAAGAGAUAUUCGGUUCAUUGAAUUCGCUGAAACAAGACAUUGAGCAUAUGAAGUAUCCAAUGGGCACUCAGAAUAACCCAGCCCGAACUUGCAAAGACUUGCAACUCUGCCACCCAGACUUCCCAGACGGGGAAUACUGGAUUGAUCCUAACCAGGGCUGUUCUGGAGACUCCUUCAAAGUGUACUGCAAUUUCACAGCAGGUGGGGAAACUUGCAUCUACCCAGAUAAGAAAUCUGAAGGAGUUAGAAUUUCAUCAUGGCCAAAGGAGAAUCCAGGAUCUUGGUUUAGUGAAUUUAAGCGGGGCAAACUUCUUUCCUAUUUGGAUGUUGAAGGCAAUUCCAUUAAUAUGGUCCAAAUGACAUUCCUUAAACUACUGAGUGCCUCUGCCAGACAAAAUUUCACUUACAAUUGUCAUCAGUCCGUAGCUUGGCAUGAUGCAUCUUCUGACAGCUAUGACAAAGCACUAAGGUUCUUAGGAUCAAAUGAUGAAGAGAUGUCUUAUGACAACAAUCCGUACAUCAAAGCGCUUCACGAUGGCUGUGCAUCAAGAAAGGGCUAUGGAAAGACUGUGAUUGAAAUCAACACACCCAAAAUAGACCAAGUGCCUAUAGUUGAUGUGAUGAUCAAUGACUUUGGUGAUCAGAACCAAAAGUUUGGAUUUGAGGUUGGUCCUGUCUGCUUCCUUGGUUAAACUUAAGACAAAGAUCAAAUCAACAAAAAUGUUGCACUUUGGUGCUACCAACCCACUUCCUGCCACAUGCAAGUUUUGAAUAAGGAUGGCAUAGAAAAUGUCUUGCUGUGUAUGUGUGUCUCAUCUAGAAAGUUAUUGUUGCCCUUGUAGGGCCAGAAUCACAUGACUUAAACUAAUUUUGCAAGAAUGCUGUGGCACAGACAGACAACAUAGGGCUUUAUCAACAACACCCUUAGAAUUCUUUUGGUGCUGUAAAAAAAAAUAAAAAAGACAUGGUGCUCCUUAGAUUACAACAGAGGUGUUAUGAAAGUGUUUAAUAAAUUGUAAUUAUUCUAUGUACAGUACUAUACUGUUAUUUCUCUGUCCAUUUCCAAAACUUGCAUGUGUCUCUGAAUUGCAUCUGGCUCUUAUUUUAUAAUUACAAAACUACAUUGUCAAUACCGUGUAUGUAUUCUGAAAAAAAUAAAGAUGUAAUUGCCAGUGAAGCCAAUUCCAUUUUUGAUUAAUAAUAAAAUCCCUUUGUAUAUAUUUUUGUUGAAGAGCUUUGUUAUUUGAAGUCGCCAAAAAAACUUAAGGUGGCAAAACUGGAAGACCUUGAGCAGCACACUCAAAUCCCUUUUCUGCUGAUAUUACUCCAUGAUGAUGAAUUUCAGUAAUGAAAGCACUUUCAAAGGUGCUGUGUUCCAUGGUGCUAUACCUCAGACUUUUUCUGCUCUAAUUCCAGAAUUUCACAAGAAACCUGUAUAUACCUAAAAUAAACAGCUUCUGUUAAAAUGUGUGAAUUAAAUCAGUCAUAUAGCUUUCCUUUUUUUUUUUUUUUCAACAUUUCUCAUCUGAUUUUGUUUCCAUUGUGCUUAUUUGGUCUGCAUAAGUAUUAAAACUGGAUUCUAAACAGUUAUUUAUGGAAUUCUUGCAGUGUUUACUUAGAUUUUUAUGUAAGCAAUAAUGGAUGUUUGCUUCUUGAACUGGAUACUAGAAGUUCCACAGAAUGGUCCUAUACAAUAUUUGCCUGUCCCAUUAAUAUGAAUUAUUUUUUCCUGUUAUUUCAACUGAAGGCCAGGGAUGCAAUAUGUCUAGGUCAUGUGAUUCUACAUAGUUGCUAAGCAACACAUAGGGGACUGCUUCCUACAAAGCUGUCUUUGACCCAAACUGCUACCAUUAGCUCUUCAAAUCUCACCCAAAAAGUUGGUUUGGCCUUCCGUCUGAACAUUUUAUUCAGGUAGCUGUAAGUAGAAAUUACAUUUUAACUUUGCAACACAAAUCCUUUUGUAAUUAUUUUUCAUAAUAUAUGUAAGACUUGAAAAUAAAUGUUUGUUUCUAUUUCUUAUAAAUUGUUAAAUUAAAUAGUACUAGCUUGUGCUGGCUCAUUUCCAACUGGUUCUUUCUCAUGCACGUUUAUACAUGUAAAAGUGAGAUUUCAAAGGUCAACUUCUUGCUGUUCAUAUUUUCUUUUAUUUUUGAACCAAAGUUUGUAACUGUCACCUCAAAGAGGAAAAUACAAAUUUUAUUAAUAAAAUCAAGUCUUGUCUACCUGGA